CAGCAAGUGGACGAUCUUGAAGGAUCCCUGGAACAAGAGAAGAAAAUACGGAUGGAUCUUGAAAGAGCAAAGCGUAAGCUUGAAGGAGACCUGAAGUUGGCUCACGAGAGUAUCAUGGACCUGGAAAAUGAUAAACAGCAGCUUGAAGAGAGGCUGAAAAAGAAAGAUUUUGAAAUUAGUCAACUGAAUGGCAAAAUAGAAGAUGAACAAGUGAUCAGUGCUCAGCUCCAGAAGAAACUAAAGGAGCUGCAGGCUCGCAUUGAAGAGCUGGAGGAAGAGCUGGAGGCAGAACGAGCUGCCAGGGCUAAA